CCCGUUUAUAUAAUAAGCUGAAAAUUAAACACUCAAAGCUCCACUGUGCACAGUCUCUGUCUUCACGAAUCAUCAUCUGCAAUCCACCCAACCUUCUCCUCUAAUUAGGUAAUCUGCAAAAAGGGACACUCAUUUGUCUCAGAAAUGAGCCCAACUGAUUAUACUGCAGAAGUUACAAGUUUGUCAUCUAAAGCGACUGAGAAGGAUGUCUUUGAUUUUUUUUCUUUCUGUGGUGCAAUUGACCAUGUUGAAAUUGUCAGAGCUGGUGAGCAUGCAUCCACGGCCUAUGUGACGUUCAAGAACCCCCAUGCUUUGGAAACUGCUGUCCUGCUCAGUGGAGCUACUAUUGUUGAUCAACCUGUUUGCAUAACCCGAUGGGGACAUUACGAAGAUGACUAUGAUAUGUGGAACCGUUCUACAUGGAAAAUUGAAGAAGAAAGCAGUUCAAGUGACUCUCGAGCCCCCCGAGCUGUUCCAUCUGCUGGGGAAGCCGUAUCUCUAGCUCAAAACGUGGUGAAAACAAUGGCGGCUAAAGGAUACGUGCUGGGAAAAGAUGCGUUUAGCAAGGCAAAAGCCUUGGACGAAUCCCAUCAGGUAUCAGCAACAGCAGUAGCCAAGGUUGCUGAGCUGAGUGAAAGAAUGGGGCUAACUGAUAAGAUAUUUGCUGGGGUUGAAGCAGCGAAAUCCGUGGACCAAACAUACCAUAUCACAGAUACUACAAGAACGGCCAUAUCUGCAACCGGAAGGACUGCAGCUUCUGCUGCAAAUGCUGUCAUUAACAGUAGUUACUUUUCCCGAGGAGCUCUUUGGGUAUCGGGCGCUCUGAGCAGAGCUUCUCAGGCCGCAGCCAACAUGGGUGCUCAUGGUGUCAACAAAUAGGAGCCUGUUGUUCGUAUGUCUCCUUUGUUAUCUAUAUGUAUCGUCGAGUAUUAUGGAACUCCUGUGACAUCAUAUAUUACAUCUAAGUUAAAAUGCAAAAAUAGGAACUUUUUGUUACAA